UCUCCGAUUGGGCUUUAAAGACUAGGAGGAGAAAAGAGGAGCCUUUUAAUUCCCAUUUCAAGUAGAUUUCAUAUAUUAAGAAUCCUGAUUUAUAUAAUCUGGCAUUUGAGUUGCUUGUGAGAAAAGGGUGCCAGCAAUGCCUGGAUCGCCUGUGGAAGUGAAGAUACAGUCAAGGUCUUCGCCUCCCAUCAUGCCACCUCUCCCACCAAUAAAUUCUACAGGACCGAGGCCAGUGUCCUUCACCCCUACAGCAUUAAGCAAUGGCAUCAACCAUUCCCCUCCUACCCUGAAUGGUGCCCCAUCACCACCACAGAGAUUCAGCAAUGGUCCUGCCUCUUCUACAUCAUCUGCACUAACAAAUCAACAACUGCCAGCCACCUGUGGUGCUAGGCAACUCAGCAAGUUGAAACGCUUUCUCACCACCCUGCAACAGUUUGGCAAUGACAUCUCACCAGAGAUUGGGGAGAAGGUUCGAACUCUUGUCCUAGCCCUGGUGAACUCAACAGUAACAAUUGAAGAAUUCCAUUGCAAGCUCCAGGAGGCUACAAACUUUCCUCUUCGUCCUUUUGUGAUUCCAUUUCUUAAGGCCAACCUGCCCCUGCUGCAGCGAGAACUGCUGCACUGCGCUCGGGCCGCCAAGCAGACCCCGUCCCAGUACCUGGCUCAGCACGAGCACCUUCUGCUCAACACCAGUAUUGCAUCUCCCGCUGACUCCGCUGAGCUGCUCAUGGAGGUGCAUGGAAAUGGAAAGAGACCCAGUCCAGAGAGGAGAGAAGAGAAUAGUUUUGAAAGAGAUACCAUUCCUCCUGAGCCUCCUGCCAAGAGAGUGUGUACUAUCAGUCCUGCUCCUCGGCACAGUCCUGCCCUCACUGUGCCCCUCAUGAAUCCUGGGGGCCAGUUCCAUCCUACUCCUCCACCUCUUCAGCACUAUACAUUAGAAGAUAUUGCAACCUCCCACCUGUAUCGGGAACCUAACAAGAUGCUAGAACAUCGAGAAGUUCGUGAGAGGCACCACAAUCUUAGUCUAAAUGGAGGUUAUCAAGACGAGCUGGUAGACCACCGUUUGACAGAAAGGGAAUGGGCUGAUGAAUGGAAACAUCUUGAUCAUGCCCUGAACUGCAUUAUGGAAAUGGUAGAGAAAACAAGGCGCUCCAUGGCAGUCUUGAGGCGCUGUCAAGAAUCUGAUCGGGAGGAACUCAACUACUGGAAAAGACGAUUUAAUGAAAAUACAGAGAUGAGGAAAACUGGGACUGAGCUGGUUUCUAGGCAGCACAGCCCUGGGAGUACAGAUUCUCUCAGCAGUGAUUCCCAGCGGGAAUUCACCAGCAGGCCAGGGACAGGAUAUGUGCCUGUGGAAUUUUGGAAGAAAACAGAAGAAGCUGUGAAUAAGGUGAAAAUUCAGGCCAUGUCCGAAGUACAGAAGGCAGUAGCUGAGGCCGAGCAGAAAGCCUUUGAAGUGAUUGCAACCGAGAGAGCACGAAUGGAGCAGACGAUCGCAGACGUCAAGCGACAGGCUGCAGAGGAUGCCUUCCUUGUCAUCAGCGAGCAAGAAGAGUCAACCGAGAACUGCUGGAACUGUGGCCGAAAAGCCAGUGAGACGUGCAGUGGCUGCAACAUUGCUCGGUACUGUGGCUCUUUCUGCCAGCACAAAGACUGGGAGCGGCACCACCGCCUCUGUGGCCAGAGUCUGCAUGGCCAGAGUCCCCACAGCCAGAGCCGGCCGCUGCUUCCCGGGGGGAGGGGCUCCUCAGCCAGGUCAACUGACUGCAGUGUGCCCAGCCCAGCCCUGGACAAGACCUCAGCCACCACCUCACGUUCCUCAACACCUGCCUCUGUGACAGCCAUAGAUACCAACGGACUCUGAACCUCAAAUCCCUCUCGUCCUGAUGACCACUCCACAUGGUAGAACCCUUGCACCAGGGAUGUGGCAAUUGGAACAAGUGGUUUGGGGUCAUCAGCAAGAAAUGAAGUGCUGGCAGGAAGCGCCCAGUAGCAUUCUACAUCCUCUCUGGGGUUUGCCAUAUGUCCUUGGAGAGCUAGUUGCCAUUCUCUGCACAUAGGCAGGGGUCUUGAGCUGCCUCCUCCAUGGCCUUCCUGGUGCAUUCCUAAAGCUGGCACAGCCAGCGCCUUCUCAGUGUAGACCACCAGCUCCCCCUGGCCUUGCAUCAGCAGAUUGGCAAAAGUGCUCAAACAGGUGUCCAUCCUCUCUCCCAUUCCAUCCAUCGUCCUCAUGUGGUAGAGGCGUGGAGGCUGGCAGAAGGCUAAGGAAGACGCUUUUUCCCCCACCCCCAAACAAUUCCUUGGCUCCUAUGUCCACCCUUAGCAGAUGACACCAGUUGGCCUAAUAGAGACUUGAGUAACCAAAAAGCAGCACUCAGGACUUCCUCCUGAGCUGUGCUGUUCAGCCUGUUAAGAUGCUCAGAAACAACAGGAAGGAAGUCACCACAUCAUUAAAGCACGCGUCACGAAAAACAAAAAAGAAAUAAUGUCUUUCCCACACAUGACAGAUCAUUUGGAAUAGAUUUUCCAAUCUGGCGGCCCCUAUAGUUUGGAAUCCAUCUUUUUCCUGUCUCUCACUUGAUUUUGCUUGUGCUGAAAAUAGUUUCCAACGCAUGGAUUGGUCCGAGGGAGGAUGAGACUAUCAUGCUAGUCUUUUUCUCUCUGAGCAUGUUGGCCAAACUAGUAUCGUCAAAAUACUGAGUGGAUCACCUUUUGGAAAUGCUGAACACAUUGCCACUGCUUGACUGUUUGCACGGUCGUCCUGUGUUCUUUUAUCUCAGACUGCACGUGUCUGGAUCAUAGAGCUCACCUUGGCUCCUGUUAGGCUGUGGUUGUCACGCUGGAUAUGUUGGGGUAUUUUAGCAGGACCUUUCCACACAUCAGGCCUGGUUUCAUCUGAGCAGCCCUCCUGAGCCUGAAGGAUUCUUUAUACCUGGUUUCAUGGUAUUGUGCCACUUCAUUGGUUCAUUAUCAAGCUACAAUCUGUCUCUCUUCGCCUGUGAUGCCUCUGGUGGAUUCCCUCUGAGAUCAGAAAGAUUUGUGAAGUGUGACAACUAUUUGGGAAAUCGUCCCCAUUUUUUCCUCCCAUCUUCAGUGACUUCCCAGCUACUUGCUUUUCUCCUAAGCAGGACAUCACCUGUACCCUGUCCAGAGUGCUGGGCACUGCUUCAUACCUCUUUCCAUGCCAUUGGGGUUUUGUUAGGAGCCCUAAGCCUUUGCCCCUCCCACUUGCCAUCUCCAAGCUUCCAGCAUCCUUCUGCCUGUGGAAUCAGCUGGGAUGAGUUACUUGGCCUUGAUUGUGCUUACUUUUGGAAGCCACUGUCAGAUUACCAUCUUUUUUUAAAUUUUUAUUAAUUUAUUGAGAGAGUGGGAGAGAGAGAAUAGGCAUGCCAGGGACUUCAGCUGCUGCAAAUGAACUCCAGACACAUGUGUCACUUUGUGCAUCUGGCUUACAUGGGUCCUGGGGACUCGAACCUGAGUUCUUUCUAUUUGCAGGCAAGCGCCUUAACCACUAAGCCAUCUCUGCAGCCCAGAUUACCGUCUUUUAUGCAGUGACCCAAGUCUGGAAUAAGGCUCUUAGUCCCAUAAAAGAAAGGGAUUGACAUAGGUGGCAUUGUGUUACAUAGAGUUGUAGCUCAUUUUAAGAAUGUUGAGUCCCUAUCUUACCUCUUGACCAAGGGUUUUCAGUCUUAGAAAGAAGCUCACUGCAAGAUACCUUUAAAAUACUGGUUGAUGGUGUAUAAAAUAAGGCAGAUCCAGAGGAGAAAAGAAAAUAAUCAUGUUAUUUUGCCAUGGAAUACCCCAGACCCAUUGCUUCCCAGUCAAAUAUAGCUUGCUCUCCCCUACCCUAAUCACAUCUGCCUCCGAGAGUCCCAGCCACCGGGGCCACCCUGACUGCCAACAUGGAGUCAGUCCCCAGAAAACACAUUGCUCACAUUUACCAGAGAAGGUCAUAGGCUUCAUGUUAAGCACUGGGUCUGCAUCUUCUGGCCACAAGACUAGUCAGGGUAAUUCCCGCUUUCUACUGGUUGGAACAGAGUUUAAACCAAGAAAAUAGUACUUACUGGGGCGCAAGAUGAAUUACUGUAGUAAAGAUUUAAUGCACAAAGCUUGGUCUACUUUGGGGACAGUAGUUGUAAUGAUUGACGCUGUUCUGGGCUGCUCUGCUCCUGUGCCGCCCCCUACAGGCCCAUUUAGAAACCAGGCAUACACUGUAGCUCAGUUCUCAGACCUGUCGCUUGUAUUGAUUCUGGUCAGCCUCGCGUCUUAAGAGACUCAGGCAUUUGUUUAGGAUUUCCUAGUCAGAUUUGAGGAGUCCCCUUCUCCAACUCCUUUCUGAAACCCUCCAACUCUGCAGUGAAAAGGUAGUGCAGCAUUGAGGGGUCGUAGGUGGCUGGUGGUACAGGAGCAGAUUCCAGCUCCCACUUGUUAGUGGGUGAUCCACCCCACCCCAGUUAGGUUGCAGGUGGACCUGAAGACUCCAUUUCUUUGCACGAGGAUAGACAGGAAGCAGACGAGUCAGUGGCUUAAAAGUCUGGCUUCUAUCUACAGUAAAUAUUUGGGGCCCGGCUGGUGAUAUAAAUGGUGGCAGGUCAGUCACAAGGCAUGUGACUUGAGAGCACGUCUGGAGGAUGAGGGCAGUGCUCAGCAUCUCUGCUGAGGGACACUGACAAGUGGUGGAACCUCAUGUCCUCUCACCAAGAGAGAACUGUCUUGGAAGCAUCCCAAGGGAUCAUUGAGGGUAGGCUGUUCCUGUUGCGGUUGUCUUCUAGGUCCUUAUUCCUGGGCACCAUUUCUCACUUUAUCCAGUGGCAAAGACUUGGUAAGCUGUUGAAGCCACCUGCUCAGGAAUGGGGUCCCCUUAAGAUGUGACCCCCCCCCAUCCCUUCCCCACUGGGUGCCUGCGGCUCAGCAGCUUUGCUCAUGCCUUGUGUCUAGGUGGUGAAGGCAGGCCUGCUGGCUCUUCCCUGAGGCACAAUUCUGUCAUGCUGCUGCCCUGGAUCCAAGCAUGGGGACAGCAGAUCUGCACCUGGAAUUAGCUGUCGCCCUCUGCAGUGUGAACUCCUUUGGCUUAUUUGGGCCUGUUGGUCCCCAGGAAGUAUAUCACAGCGUGGUGUCAACUUGAACAUCUUUAUUUUCCAAACAGAAAAUCUACAUUUUACUUUGUACAGCCCUUUCUCAAAAGAUAACGAUUUCCCUUCUGUCACCACUUGCAGCAGGCAUGGACAUUGUUCUGAGCAGUUGUGGAAGAUGCAACAGAACUGGAAUUGUAUGGCCUUGAGUUCUCCAGAGAGAAAGCCUGAGGAAGGAGCAGAUGGGCGUUGUGCUGGAAAGGUCGAAGGGGUUGUGGGUUGAAUAAAUCAUGACAAACAGGACACAUCUUGGAGGCUGUCUUCAGAACUGGACUUAGAACCAAGGCGUCCAGGCCCCGGGUCAGGAGCCCACACCAGUUUGCUUCAGUAGUUUUUAGCUCUUUGCAGAGAAGUGGGUGAUGGCAUGUUUGAACCAAAUGUGAGAAAGGCCAGAAGGACGCGAGCUGAUCCAGCUUGAGCCAGACGGCCCGCUGUCAGAAGAGCCCAGCGCUGGCUGGCCUGGGAUGCGGGGCAUGCACCAGAGCCCUUCCCACUUGAUUAUAGUUCUUGUGAAGCCAAAAUGUCGACUACCUGCCUCUGCCCCAUGUGUUGACGUGUGCAUUUCCAAAGACGGUGGAGCCGCAUGGGCCAGGUGGAAGUUGGGAGGGCUUUGUACCCCACUUCCGCCACCACAGCCCCAUAGGGGACGCUUCCCUUGCAGAUCCCACCUGGUCAGGCCUCAGCUGCCCAAUACAAACUCCUGUCGAUGUUUAUACCAAAUAGGGUAUGCACGGCUGUUGUCUGUCAGGGACGGCCCUGUCCCCGCCUUGUUGGCAGGGAGAAGCAGCAAUAAGCACUCAGUGAAUGGUUGAAAGGGCUGUUUGGCUGCAAGGCCUUCUUUCCACUUAGGUGGCCUUCCAAGUUCUGAUGAGGCUGCAAAGGCUCCAUCUAUAGAAAAACCCAAUAAUGUAAAUGCAUAGAAAACCAAGCCUCCCGGCACGGCUUGCAAAAGAACAGUGAACGUGAAGCCGCCCACAGGAUGCACUAGACUCUGGUUUUUCUGUGCUCUUGUCAUCUUACUCUUGAUAGGAACUUUUGUUACUUAACUCUGUGCAUAACUUAUUUAAUGUACUGUAUAAAUGAACCAAAACUGUUAAAUAUGUAUUUAGUUUGUUCUACUUAAAGUAGUUAAUAAAAAGGCUAUAUUCCUUUUCUGACUCAA